AUGCAAGCCGUGGCCCAAGCCCUCGUCCGUCGCGGUCACGACGUCGUAUGGCUGACCAGCUCCGACAACGAAGCCCGCGUUCGCGCUGUGGGAGCCACAUUUGUCGCAACAGAGGCCAUUGCCGUCGUCGACGCACCGCUCAUGGCAGAGAGUGAGACUGGAAUUCUGGACAAGGUGUAUAGGCGGCUCGAUUCGAGAGUUAUUGCUCAAGUGAGCGAUUAUCGUCGGGUGCUGCGCGACUUCAAGGCCGAGGUGCUCUUGGUGGAUGUCAUGCCAUACGGUGCGAGGGCGUUGUAUGAACUCGGCGAGAUUCCAGUGUAUGCGACUCUAGGAGUUAUCCCCAUCUACAUGUCGAGCUGGGGAGCUCCUCAAGCUGUGUCUGGAGACAGUCCGUCGACUUCGUGGUUCGGGUUGGCCUGGAAUCAUCUUCACCACCUCGUUAACCAGUGGAUUCUCUUGCCGCUGUUCUUGAGACCAAUCAUCAGCACUCAACGGAAAUCGCUGGGCUUGAAGGCUUUGCCGUAUGGCGAACCUACCGAGUCUUUCACUUACAGCCCCUUUCUCCACAUUCAAGCUUCUUCGCCUGUGCUGGAGUUCGAACUCCUACCAAAGCCUGCUGGGCAAAGAGAACAUACCAAAUUUGUCGGACCUCUUGUCACGCAGGUUACGACUAAUCCAGACCUCCUACCGUCCUGGUGGGAUGAAAUUGUCGUGCACCAGCGGGUUGUUGGAAUCACCCAAGGCACAUUGGCAAUGGAUCCGACCUCAUUGAUCAUCCCAGCCAUCGAGGCACUUUCCGGUGAUCCUGACCUUCUUCUGGUGGUUGCUUCGCCUCACGAGGAAGAGAUCAAAUCCCGAGUUGGAGACCUACUAAACGUACGAUACGCCAAAUGGAUACCCUACCACCUCUUCCUGCCACAACUCUGCCUCCUAAUCACCAACGGCGGCUACGGAAGCGUAACACAAGCUCUUUCGCACAAGGUACCCCUGAUAUGCGCAGGUCAGACGGAGGACAAGAAGGACACGGCGGCUCGGGUCAGCUGGGCGGGAGCUGGCAUCGACUUGAAGACGGAUAACCCUUCGACUGAGCAGGUUCAGAACGCGGCGAGGAAGAUUUUGGACGAUCGGGGGUUCGCGGAGAGGGCGGGUCGGUUGGGAGAUGAACUCAAUGAGUUAGGGGGAGGGGAGAGGGCUUCGGAGCUUUUGGAGGAAUUGGUUCGGUCUGUUGAAAGAAAGUAG